UCUCCUCAUCGUCUCAUUCUCUUGCCAACCUUCGAACGUGCCGGAAGUGCAAACCCAACCUGCUGCCUUUAAAAUAGAACGGGACUUGAAGUGAAGAGUGGGGUAAAGAAAAAAAAAAGGAAGAACAAGAGUGAAUUGAGUGUGCCGCGUUUGGAACACGCCUCAUCCGGGACCACCAGCGAGGACACCCGUUACGUAAUCACCAUGGAGGCCGCCCCAGCAGCAGCAAAGCCGGAAGUGAACGGAAAUCCGUUGCCACAGCGCCAGCAAAAGAACCAAAAUCAGCAAAAGCAGGGUGGCGCAGCAGGAGGCGCUGGUGGUGGUGACGGUGGCAAUCAGGGCCAGCAAAAUCAGCAGCAGCAGCAGCAGGGAGGAGGAAACAAGAAUCAGAACCAGAAUAACCGCAAUAGAAACCGAGGCGGUGGCGCAAACGGUCCGAACCGUGGUGGUGGUGGUGGCCGGAACAAUUUCGGUAACCGCAACAACCAGCAAGGCGGUGGAGGACAGGAUGCCGGAAACGGCGAGGGUGGAAAUAACCAGCAGCAGCAGCAGAAUAACCAGGGAUUCCAGAACCGGAACCAGGGCGGUCCCAAGAACCGCGGUGGACCCCGGAAUCAGGGCGGCGAUGGCGAGGGUGGCGGUGGCUUCGACCGGCGUCGCGCCAACAACGAGCAAUACUUUAUCGGCGAGAAGCUGCGCCUGCUGCAGGGACCGCUGCUGGACCUGCCGGCGAUCGAGUCCACUGAGGAGGUCAAAUUCUCCGGCCGCAACCGGCUGUACAUUGGCAACCUGACGGCCGACGUGACCGAGGAGGAGCUGGUCGAACUGUUCAUGCCGUACGGCGAGAUUACCGAGAUCUUCAUGAACAAGGAGAAGCUGUACGCGUUCGUGCGCGUCGACUUCUUCUCGAACGCCGAGAAGGCCAAGCGCGAACUGGACGGGACCUCGCGCAAGAACCGAAUUCUGCGGGUUCGAUUUGCGCCCAACGCGACCGCCAUCAAGGUCAAGAACCUAACGCAGGACGUCAGCAACGAACUGCUGUACAAGGCGUUCGAGGUGUUUGGCCCGCUGGAGCGUGCCGUCGUGCAGGUCGACGAGCGCGGCAAGUCCACCGGCGAGGGUAUCGUCGAGUACAAGAACAAGCCGAGCGCGAUGGCCGCCCAGCGGUACUGUUCGGAGCGUUGCUACUUCUUGAACUCGUCGCUGCGUCCGUGCAUCGUGGAACCGUACAUGUACCAGGACAACAACGCCGACGGUCUGCCCGAAAAGUCGCUUAACAAGAAGAUUCCAGAGUUCAUGAAGCUGCGACAGCAAGGACCGCACUUUGCCGACCAGGGUUCGUUCGAGCACGAGUACGGCCAGCGCUGGAAGCAGAUGCACGAUCUGUUCAAGCAAAAGUCCGACGCGCUCAAGCGCGAGAUGGAAAUGGAGGAGGAGAAGCUGGAGGCGCAGAUGGAGUACGCCCGCUACGAGCACGAGACCGAGCAGCUGCGAGAACAGCUCCGUAUGCGCGAGCAGGACAGCGACCGCCAAAAGGCCGAGUGGGAGAUGAAGGAGCGCAUGGCGGUGGAGAACAAGCAGCGCAACGAGAUCCAGAUGAAGCACAAGGUCGAGGAGAUGCAGAACCUGAUCAAGCGCACCGACGAGGAACUGCACCGGCGCCAGCUCGAGAACAACGUGUUCAUGCAGAACCAGCAGAUGAACCUCCUGGACGGCAUGGAUGACAACCGCCAGGGCUUCGGUAACAUGCGAGGUGGUAACAACUUUGACGCCGGAAUGGAAAUUCGUGAUUAUGACCACGGUCAGAACAAUAGACAGUCACGCUUCGACGACGGCGGCAUGCAGCAGCAGCAAGGAGGUGGCGGAGUGAACCAACGUUUGGGCAAUUCAUUCAAUGCCGGUGGAAACAAUCGCAACUGGAUGAGCAACAACCGCGGAGGUGGUGGCGGCGGCGGCGGUGCCAACAAUGACGAUUUCCAGAGCAAGCGAAGACGCUUCUAAGCUUGGAAUCUCGCACAGAUACGCCACAAACUCUGUGUUUCGCACGACGUCCACGUGGCAGGGCAAGCGCGUGUUGACCUGAUUAUGUUUGAGCCGCUGUUCGCCCUCCACCUUCUAUUGGUCUCGCCGUUACGUGGUCCCACUGGAGGGAACGGAUUACGUGCUUUUUUUUUUCUUCUUGACAACAAACAUUCUGGCGGAAGCCGACAUCUCACCCACGGUACAAUGAAGUCAAUUGUAUCGAUCUACGGAGGGUCUCCCCCAGAAUCAUUGUGACCCAACUUUUGCAUACAUACAGUUUAAGGACAUUAUUUUACACGUUGUGAGAUUCAACACCCUUUUUAAAAAGACAGUUUCGUGAAAAACCAACGGUACAAAGCUAUUUUCUACGAGAGGGCGGGCUUCAUUUCGAAACGUUUGAAAAGUGGAUUCUUGGGCACCAUUUGCCGCUACACAACUGUUGCAAACACAUUUAAAAAGAGUGCGCGACCACCUGCUGGAGCAGCUGUCUGGCACGGGUCACAUUUUAGCAAGCAGCAAACACACAUCCAACACACAAAUCACCGUAACAAUUGAAUAAAAAUAAAACGUAACUUAUUAUGUCACUUGAUAUGUGAAACAAAUAGAGAUAACUGCUACGGCAGCAACAGUAAUUAUCAUAUUCUUAAACAAAAACAAAAAAUCUUUGCAGCUGAAAAGCGUCAGCAAAACACAUUAAAAAAAUCAUUGUAAAAAGCACCAUGCAAAAUGCCACUCUGUGGGCAGGAAAGUGUCAUUCGCCGCAGCGAAUAAUUUGCGUUGUAUUAACAAACAAAUCACACACAUUUUUUUCUGGCUAGUGCGCUCCACAGCAGCACAUCGACGGAAAGAAACAGUACUAUUUAUAAGGCAAACAAAAACAUUAUUUUUAAAUCUAGAUUGAACCCUGUACGUGUAAGUUUAAAGAAAAAAAAAAUACCUUGAAAAGCACUGUGUAGUAAUAAUAUAAAGCAAUAUUCAUUGCGAAUAAUAACUAA